AUGAAGGGUUUAAUUCUAGUUGGUGGUUACGGUACCAGAUUGAGACCUUUGACUUUGACUGUUCCAAAGCCAUUGGUUGAAUUUGGUAACAGACCAAUGAUUUUACAUCAAAUCGAAGCUUUGGCUGCUGCUGGUGUUACUGAUAUCGUGUUGGCCGUUAACUACAGACCAGAAGUUAUGGUUGAAACUUUGAAGAAAUACGAAGACGAAUUCGGUGUCUCCAUCACUUUCUCUGUCGAAACCGAACCAUUGGGUACUGCUGGUCCAUUGAAAUUGGCAGAAAGUGUCUUGAAGAAGGACAAUUCACCAUUCUUUGUCUUGAACUCAGAUGUUAUCUGUGACUAUCCAUUCAAGGAAUUGGCUGAUUUCCACCAAGCUCACGGUGGUAAGGGUACCAUUGUCGCUACUAAGGUCGAUGAACCAUCCAAAUACGGUGUCAUUGUUCAUGACAUUGCUACUCCAAAUUUGAUUGACAGAUUUGUGGAAAAACCAGUUGAAUUCGUCGGUAACAGAAUCAACGCCGGUUUGUACAUCUUGAACCCGGAAGUUAUUGACUUGAUUGACUUGAAGCCAACCUCUAUUGAAAAGGAGACUUUCCCAAUCUUAGUCGAACAAAAAUCCCUAUACUCUUUCGAUCUUGAAGGAUACUGGAUGGAUGUCGGUCAACCAAAGGACUUCUUAUCUGGUACAGUGCUAUAUUUGAACUCUUUGUCCAAGAGAGAUCCAGCUAAGUUGGCCAAGGGUGAAAACAUUGUUGGCAACGUUUUGGUUGACCCAACUGCCAAGAUUUCUCCAACUGCAAAGGUCGGUCCUGAUGUAGUUAUCGGUCCAAACGUCGUUAUCGGUGAUGGUGUCAGAAUUACCAGAUCUGUUGCCCUAUCCAACUCUCAUAUCAAGGACCAUGCUUUGGUCAAGUCCACCAUCAUCGGUUGGAACUCUACUGUCGGUAAAUGGGCUCGUUUGGAAGGUGUCACCGUUCUAGGUGAUGAUGUCGAAGUCAAGGACGAAAUUUACAUCAACGGUGGUAAAGUCUUGCCUCACAAGUCCAUCUCCGUUAAUGUUCCAAAGGAAGCUAUUAUUAUGUGA